AUGGCAGAUAUUGAGUUCAAUAACUUCCUUAACGGUCCGCCAUUCAGCUCUCACGACGAAGAUAUCCACCGCGCCUUUGACCAGUGGUGUGGGGUGACGUUUCCCGAAUCACCUGCAGCGACUAGCGCAGCUUCUAUCUAUGCUAAUAAUGGCUUGGACGACAUCGAACACAUAUACACAGUCCUCCACAAGGGUGUAGACCAGGUAGCUGCAAGACUGUCUGCCCACACGCCGCCACGGCUGGAUCAGAUAAAAGAGCAAAACCGUAUGCUCAUCGAUAAACUCACAUCUCUAGAAAGUGCAAUCACCCGUGACACUACGGCGGUUGUACUUGGCCCAUCUGCAUCGGCACCUGAGUUGGACCGCGAGCGUAGUGGUGCCAAGAAACGACGUGUCUCGCAGUCUACAGGGACUGGAAGAAGUAGCGGCCUACAGCAGCAGUCACACAGGUAUGGCCACAGGAGUCCGUCGUUUGGUGGGUUUGAAGUCGAUUCCAAGCUGGCCAGGAAGCUGCAGCAGAUUGGCAACCAGGAAACCCGGGCUCAAGUGGCAGAGUUUGCGGCACAGUUAAAAGCAGCGGAAUGUCACGAUGCCCUGCCGACUAUCUACCAAUUUUCAGAUUUGUCGCAGGUCACCGACGUGCCCCAUUUUCUCCGGGUGGUUCUACACCUGGGCUGGGCAAUUGAAAGCAGCAGUUUUGGGGAGCAAAACUCCCGGAUCAAGAAAAGAAUCGCACUUGCCCACUUCUACAACGCGUACAAGCUGGCGCAGGAUCAGCCGGAGUUGUUUCUCUCAUGGUGUGACGAUCGACGGGUGCAAGGCGGCUCGAUGCUGCCGAAAGGUGGGCACAAGUCGAUCGUGCAGCAUCGUUUUGCCGACCUGAUCUUCUCUCGUGGCGGAAACCACGUGGGAAUGCCGUCGGCUCGUCCUCUAGACCAUGGCGAGGAUGCGAAGAGAAGGAUAGCCAAAAUACAGAUGUGGAGGAAGAGUGGCAAGAAAUGGGCGCAGAUCAUUCAGCGCUUUGGUUACGGGAUACUGCUGCUACUGCCCUCUAGUUUGUCAGACGAGGACUUGCGUGUUGCUUCUGACAAGGACACAGCUUGUGUCUUAGAUCUGAUCGACUCCCGCAAACACCUAUUCGCGGAUAUUUUACAACAGGCCAAUGACCUUUUGGAAGCGCACUUCUUUCCACAAGGCCAAAAUGCUCAAUUGAUCAAUUCCUACAGUUGUGGCCGUUUUGGAGGAGCGGACUGGGACGAUUUCCUGAAUACAUCCGUUCUAGGAAAUUAG